UCUCUCUCUCUCUCUCUCCAAAAGCUAUAUACUAUCUCUCUCUCCUCAAAAGCUAUAUAUUCACUAGUUUUCCUCGUUCCUUUCUCUCUUCCAUCUGUCUCGUUAAUGGAUUCGAGGCUUUACUGGUUUUGAGACUCUUUGAAGCAUCAGAAUCCAUGGAUAUCGAGCAGAAACAGGCGGAGUUCAUAGAGUAUUUUGUGAAGAAGGCGGAGAGUCUUAAAGGAGGAUCUCUGGUUAGUGUCAUCGUGGAGGCCACUUCUCAUCCAUCACUCUUCGCCUUCUCUGAAAUCCUUUCUGUUCCCAGCAUUUCUGAGCUUCAAGGAUCUGAAUAUUCUGCAGUCCUUGACUUGCUUCGCCUGUUUGCACAUGGAUCAUGGAAUGAUUACAAGAGCAAUGCCAAUUGUCUUCCACCACUGGGACCUGACCAAGUGCGUAAAUUGAAGCAGUUGACUGUACUCACAUUGGCAGAGACAAAUAAGAUAUUGCCAUAUGAUCAACUAAUGCAGCAGCUUGAUGUCUCAAAUGUGCGUGAGCUUGAAGACUUUCUCAUCAACGAGUGUAUGUAUGCGGGUAUAGUUAAAGGGAAGCUGGAUCAGUGGCGUAGGUGCUUCGAGGUGCUGUUUGCUGCUGGAAGGGAUCUAAGACCUGGGCAGCUUGACAAUAUGAUUCAGACAUUAUCAACCUGGUUGACAACUUCAGAUAAUCUACUACUAACCAUUCAAGACAAGAUUAGAUGGGCUGAUACAAUGAGUGAGUUGGACAAAAAACAUCGUAAGGAAAUUGAGGACAAGGUCGAGGAAGUUAAGAAGACCAUUAAGAAGUUACCAACUGUAAGCAGGGCGACUUGGACUUGCGAGGCCACGAGGAGAUCGCUUUCUCAGAAUCUGGUGGAGUGAUGGACUUCGAAGAAGAUAGAAGCCGGCCAAAGAGGAGACGGCCACCGAUGUCAUAGAGAGUGGUGAGGGCCAAAUUGUCAAAGCGGGUAUAGGGUGGCUUGUCGGAAAAAAAUUUUGUCGACGAAUUCCAGUGAUAUAUUAUCUUUGCUGUCCUUGUGGUUGUGGGUAUUUUCCUCCAUUGAGACUUGAUUACCGAAAUUUUGGAUCCUGUUCAUACUACAUUCUCCAUUAUUGCUCCAAAACUUUUAGAAAAAUUGGAGGGAGUAAAAGAUUAUUUCUUAUUUUGCAAAGGAUAUUGUAUUUCCUUAUAUCUUAUUAUUACUUUCUUUCUUCUGUUUUUUA